GUGGCUUAAAGUUGGUUGUUGGAAUUUGAUUGCAGCUGAAAUGUGAUAUGAAUAAAGAAAAACUUGUACAUGAACCUGUUUCAGAUGUAUACAGUUUCUGCUACACACAUGAACCUUGACAGUGUCUAAACAUGUAUUCUGUUGGUUAUAUUUUGUCUGCGACCGUGAUUGGGAGUUUUCAUUUAUGGCUCGCGUUAUUUGUUUAUAAAGAUUACCUUAUCAAAACAUUAUUGAACGAUUUAGUUCCAUCUGAGUUUGAUUAUAUAGUCGUUGGUGCUGGAACUGCAGGUUCUAUUGUUGCUGCUCGUUUGGCACAAGAUCCUAACGUACGAGUACUACUGAUCGAAGCAGGCGGAUACCCGCCUCCGUUUCUAGAUGUUCCUCUUAUUGCACCUCUUUUGCAGCUUUCAGGCUAUGAUUGGCAGUACAGAACGGUCCGACAGGAGAAAGCAUGCAAAGGUCUCAACCAAAAGUCAAGCAAUUGGCCAAUGGGAAAAGUUGUAGGAGGAUCUGGUGCACUCAAUUAUGCCAUGUAUAUUCGUGGGCAUAAGAAGGAUUAUGAUUAUUGGGGAGACAGAGGUAAUGAUGGAUGGCAUUACAAUGAUGUGCUGCCAUAUUUUAGAAGAGCUGAAGAGCAACGUGGGAUAAACAUAAAAGACUCUCAGUAUCAUUCCAUAUUUGGUCGCUUACCUGUAGAGGAUCUUAAAUUUGCCAGUACCUUUGCAAAAGCAUUUCUGGAAGCUGGAAAAGAACUGGGUUAUUUAGUAAGAGAUCUCAACCAGGAAGAAGCUACAGGUUUUAUGCUGACACAAACAACUACUGACCAUGGAAGGAAAUGCAGUACAGCCAGAGCAUACAUCAGUCAGUGUCCUCGAAACCUACAAGUCAUCACAAAUGCCAUUGCAACAAAGAUAUUAUUCAGAAUGAAAUAUGAAGCAAAUGCAGUCACAUAUAUGCAGUCUAAACAGAACUUCACUGUGAAGGCUCGCAGAGGAAUUGUUUUAUCUGCUGGAACUAUUGGCUCUGCAAAACUUUUAAUGUUAUCGGGAAUAGGACCAAAGAAACACUUGGAAGAAAAUAUGAUUGAUGUUUUGCAAGAUCUUCCAGUUGGGAACAACCUUCAAGAUCACAUAACAACAGCUCCUGAUCUGCUUGUACUAAAUACAUCAUUAUUGCUUUCUCCACUUGACAUUGUUUCACCAUCAGCAGCUUGGGCGUAUUUUAUUAAUGGAAAAGGCCCAUUAUCAACACCUGGAUGUGAAGCACUUGCUUUGCUGCAAACAAGGGCUUUAGGCUCAUCAACUGACUGGCCAGACAUUCAGCUGAUGGCUAUGCCAAUGGGUGUUUCUAGUGACGGGGGCAUUCAUAUGAAGAGAGCGCUAAAUAUCAAUGACACGUUGUGGACAGAGUAUUUCUCACAGCUUCAAGGGCAACAAGUAGCAAGUAUAAUGCCAGUACUUUUGCAUCCAAAAAGCAUGGGAAAUGUUCAUCUUAAAAGCAGAAACCCUCUGGAUCCACCAGCAAUCAAUCCACAGUAUCUCUCUAGUCCAGAUGACAUAAAGGUUCUUUAUGAAGGUAUCAGAAUAGUGCAGAGGUUAAUAAAUACAACAUCUAUGCAAAACCUGGGUGUUAAAAUGUACAGAAAGCCCUUACCAGCUUGUAGCAUGUUUGAAUUUGACAGUGAAGCAUAUUGGUAUUGCUAUAUUGAACAUAUUACUCUCACAUCCUACCAUCCUGUUGGCACAUGUCGUAUGGGGCGACCAACAGAUUCAAGUUCUGUUGUCAGUGCUCAGCUAAGAGUCCACAACACCAAUCAUUUGUAUGUGAUUGAUGCCUCUGUCAUGCCAAGUCUUCCGAGUGGCAACAUAAAUGCAGCAGUCACAAUGAUAGCAGAAAAGGGUUCCGACAUUGUUAAAAAUUAUGCAUACAAUGAAAUUGCAAAGAGCAAUAGGAUUGAUAUCUUUAUCCCACAGAAAUCCACAGAUUGUAUUUUCAGAGUAAAGUGAUACAAGUUGUUACAUUAUUUCUAUACAUAUAAAAAUGAUGGUAGAACCAGUAUCUGUGCUCUAUGAAUCAUUAUGAAAUGUAGAAUGCAGCUUCAGUAUUAACUAUCAUAUGUACAAAUUAUUUUAUUCAUUCACUCACCUAUUCAUCGCUGACUUCACUGUUGUUUUUGACCUAAUAUUUUUUAAAGGAUAUUUUGAAUUAGUGCAAGAUUCUGAUAUUAGGAAUAGUAAUUUUCUUUUGCAGACAGUGUCUCAGUUUUUAUAAAAAAGAAUGUAUCCUGUCAGUUUGUAUGUCAUUAAUUUUAUAUUUUGUGAAAAUCUAAUUGGCAAACCAUACAGGAAAUCUAAAUUUAAAAAAUAAUAAAAUGAACAAACUAUUCUAGAUUACUGAAGAAGUACUUUCCUUGUUACUAUAUUUUGUCAUACAUAGAACAGCAAAUAGAUAACUCUAGAAAAAUGAAGAGGGACAUCAUUGCAAUCAGUAUAUUGUUCUUGAAGAAUGUUAUUAAGUCACUCAGAGUGGUACAAAGUUUUUGGCCAGAAAGGCCUUCAUCAAGAGUAGAUGACAGACACACAGCAGCACCACUGCAUGAUGGGAGUGGUGACUGGGUGGGGGCAAGGAGGAGGCUGGGGCGAGGAGAGGGACUGGUAGUAUGGCAAGGAGGUGCUGCAAGUUAGAUGGUGGGCAGGUGGGGGGAUGUAGUGAAAAAGGAGAGAAGUAAAAGGACUGAGUGUGAUGGUGGGAUGAUGACUGUGUAGUGUUGGAACAGGAACAGGGAAGAGACUGGAUGGGUGAGGACAGUGACUAAUGAAGGUUGAGGCCGGGAAGGUUACAAGAACGUAGGAUGUAUUGCAGUGGACGUUCCCACCUGUGCAAUUCAGAAAAUCUGGUGUUUGUGGGGAGGACCAACAGUUUGUUGGUUGUCAUGCCCACAUAGAAUGCAGCACAGUGGUUGCAGCUUAGCUUUUAGAUCGCAUAACUGGUUUCACAGGUAACCAUGCCUUUGAUGGGAUAGGUGAUGUUCGUGACCAGACUGGAGCAGGUGUGAUGGAAGAAUGUAUGGGACAAGUCUUGCAUGUAGUUCUAUUACAGGGGUAUGAACAUGAGGUAAAGGGCCAGGAGCAGGGGCUGUGUAAGGAUGGACGAGUAUAUUGUGUAGGUUCAGUGGAUAUCAGAAUAGCAUUGUCCACUACCCUUCCAACACCUCCCCUUACCACAUGGCUCCUACCUUGUAAUAGACCUAGUGCAAGACCUGCCCCAUACAUCUUUCCACCACCACCUACUCCAGUCUGGUCACAAACAUCACCUAUCCCAUCAGAGGCAGGGCUACAUGUGAAACCAGUCAUGUGAUCUACAAGCUAAGCUGCAAUCACUGUGUUGCAUUCAGUGUUGGCAUGACAACCAACAAGCUGUCUGUCGGCAUGAAUGGCCACCGACAAACUGUGGCCAAGAAACAACUGGACCACCCUGUUGCUGAGCACGCUGCCAAACAUGACAUCCUUCAUUUCAAUGACUGCCUCACAGUCUGUACCAUAUAGAUCCUUCCCAUCAGCACCAGCUUUUCUGAAUUGCACUGGUGGGAACUUUCCCUGCAAUAUAUCCUGUGUUCCCAUAACCCUCGUGUACCCAACCUUCAUUAGUCACUGUCUUCACCCAUGCAGCUCUGUGCCAGUUCCCAUUCCUUACUACACA